AUGUCGAAUGUUCCCCUACCCAACAUAAAUUCCUAGUCGUAAGUGAAGGCCUUUAUUUUAAAGCAAGCGGAUUUGCUCAACUACCGAGAUAUAGCUGCUAAGAAGAAGAAUGAAAAGAUGCAAAUAUCUUAAAGAACUUCAGAUCAAUCAAUAAUAGAAACAAGCGUGAUUAGUAACGUCAAUGGCAGCUGUAAUAAUAAUUUCAAUGCUACUCUUUCUGGGGAUAAAAAGCAAUUAGCCAAGCAAUGCUCAGCUGUUGACCCCCACCUAAUUUAAUCAGUAAAUAGAAUAGCUGGAGCUAUUAAUGCAGCAGGAUCUGAACUCAAUGCUGAGGAUCCAUCCUAAAUUACAUUCAGAAGUAAGAGCACUAUGUUGAAAACUUAAAAUUCUUCUGGAUCACUUGGACUAUAGAGAUAGCCGUCAAUAGUAAAUAAGUAUAAAGACAUCUAAUCAAAAAUAAACUCAAGGUCAUAAAUGCCAAGAGCUAGUAUUAUGUUUCAACCUAAAGAUUUAAUUGACUUAGUGCUUGAAAAAGAAUCGCAGAAAAACAAUAAGGUCUAGAAACAGAAAACGAAGAAGAUGGACAGCAUCUUAUCACCAAUAGAAUCAGAGGGCAAAUAUAAAAACAUAAUAGAUUAAAUUGAUGAGAGCGAGUAUGUAGAUGAUUUUGAGGAAACAAGUUCAUUUACUGAUGAAAACAAAAACUAUCAAGGCUUAAAUCAGUAGAUGCUUCUGCCUAAUAUAAAAAACGAAAAUAAUCUUGAGAAAAAUAACAGUGGCUAGACCUACUUGAAUUCUAAGUCGUUCAGUUCAAUGGGUAGAAGUCAAAGAGAAGGAUUGAAAUUCGAUUUAAAAAUCGAUCUGCUUGAUGAUCAAGAGGAUGGUCAAAAAACUUCUAAAAAUUAAGGUAGGACUCCAUAUUCAGGUUUGUUAAGAAAAAACUCUAAUACACAAUCGCUAGGUCAUAGCAGAUUCAGACGCACUAAUACUAAGUCUUUCAAUUUCUUAUUAACAAGCAUCUAAGAGCAAGUAAACAACCAUGAACCUAAUAUUUAGAUCGAGCCAUUAGAUGACUUGACAGAUAAGUACCAACCUUAAAGUACCUAAGAAAAUCUGCAAGGUAAGGAGAAUAAUUAAAGCUCAAAGUACCUGAACAAUCUUACCUUGAAUCAUAGUCAGAAAAGCUUCAAUACUCAAUCUAAGUACUCCUAGAUGUAAAGACAGGAAAUACUCAAUAAAAUUGGAGAGCAUAUCAAAAUACUUAUCUAAAACAUGGGUGAUAGUAAUGACCCACAUAUGUUUCAAAUGAAAAACAGACGGUCAGCAGGUGGGGUUAAUAAAUCAUUUGAUCAUGCAAUGUUUGACCAUGUGUAAAGCGAGGCUCUGAAGAAGAAGGACCAGCAGAACUUUCACAACUAUCUACUAAUGCGCAAGGGUAUUAACCUUGACUAUAAGGAGGAGUAUAAAAUCUAGUAAUUCAGCAAGUAAUUUGAGAGAAGAGCUUUUAAUCCCGCAGUCAAGCAGAAGAAAGACUCAGUCAUGACCUAAUUAAUGACUACUUUUACUAACAAAAGCUAUUUGAACACUUUGAAAAAGAGCAAUUUAGAGAUAUCUGAUUAAUUGCUCAAGAUGGGAAUGAAUUACGACAACUACAAAUCUCUUGCAUAACAAGUUAAUUCUAAUUACCACUUCAAAAACUAAAGAAUAUCUCUGAGGGAGAGAAAUAAGUAAUAUAUCCUUAGGCAGGAUUCUGAGAAGCACAAGAAAGACUUGGAACAGCACUCCUCUCCUGAGUAGAAAAAGAUAUUUAAACAACUUAGGUAAAUUCUUAAAAGGCAAGAUAUCGCCACUACACCUAUGGAUGAUGAAAUAUAGAAGAAAGAAAAGAGCCCUGAGUAAGUAAAGUCGUAAGAAAAGAAGCAAGACACCGGCAUAAAGAUAAAAGAUAAAAUGCAAGCAUUGAAUCUAAGUAUUAACACAGGGGGAAAGUUCAAAUCCACGUAUUCAGUUCAGCAGUCCCCUCAGUCUAUCUCUGUGUUUGAAUAGAAAAAUGACGGCAAAAUUCUGGAUGUAUUGAAUGAGAAAGGAUUCUCAAGUAUGAUUGAAGCUCUCAAUAUUUAGUACAAAGCACAAGAACCCGUAGAUUCUCCCUUUCUACGAAGAUAUCAAAACUAACCUAAUUCGCAAUCUGGAAUGCUCUCACCAUCCCUUUCAGGGAAAAAAUCUUUAGGGGGCUAGACUCCUCUCUCCCCAGGAAGACGUAAAAAGCUUAUAAAUCCAAAGUUUCUACUCAAUGACCUGUUUCUUAAUUAGGGUACUAAAGCACUUGACAAAAAAGUAAGUUCAGUAAAAUUCUCAGGAGGCAUUCCGCAUCACUCAAUGAGCCAUAAGAAAAUGAAUGACUCAGAGAUUCAAGAAUUCAGUAAAUACGUUAAUUAUCUGCUUUUGAAAUCUUCAGAUGACUUCAUUAAACAUAAGUUCAAGAAAUUCCAGGAAAAAACUUCGCCUGAGAGAAGUUUACAGUAUGAUUCUUUUGACAAGCAGUAGAACACCUUUUUCGAGAGGAUGAAGGAAGAUUCUAAGUGUCGCUAGUUUUUGGAUAAGGUGAUUAAGGAGGUUAGAGAAAACGGUGAAGAGAGAAAACUACAAAGAUUGAGAAAACUUACUGAAAUUACCAACUUCAUGAAGGACAACAUUAUAGUUGAAGAUGAGUAAUACUUGAUCAAGCAGAUUCGAGAGGAAAUCAAUAAGCUAGACGAAAAUGAACUGAGUAAGCAGCUGUUCUCAUUAAGAAAUAAGAAGAAGAAAUUGACGAGUAGAAGUUACUCUGAUAUGAAGCAGAACAGCAUAUUUGGAUAGAGAAAAUCAAUAAAUGUCAUACCAAUAACUGAAAAGAAGAUGAGCAUACCAGUAAUUCAAAACGAUGCGUAGUCUAUGAUUAAAAACUUCAUGGAGAGAAGAAUGACUAAACUACUUGAUCCUUUGCAGGCCCCUAAUUCACUAAGAGAUAUCAAGAUUUCUAUAACCCAAGAAAUGCUUUGA